GCACAACCCUCAUCAAAAUGAGUGUGGUCGAUGAAGAUGAAUUUCAGUGUAAAGAAGAAGAUGAGGUAUCCAUACCAAGAGCUGCUUUGAAUAAAUUCAUUAAAGACGUUUUGCCGGAUGCUCGACUUACUACUGAAACUCGCGAGCUUCUUCUUGCUUGCACUCAUGCGUUUAUACACCAGCUUACAACUCAGGCGAACGUGGCUUGUACUGCUACAAAGAAGAAGACGAUUAGCCCCGAGCACAUCUUUCAAGGUUUGGAUUCCAUGAAUCUUUCGACCUAUAAAGAACGCGCCAUGGAGGCAUGCGAAGAAGCCAAAGAAGAACUAAAAGGCAGGCGUAUGCUAAGUGCGAGUUAUCGCUUUAAGCAUCAGGAUAGUGAAGAGCUAGAGCGUCUUAUGCGCGAACAACAGAAGUUGUUUCAACAGGCAAGAGCUGAUUUUGCCGAGGAGCAGUUGAAUCGCAAUGAUCUGCUUGCCGCAUCCGAACUGGCUGCAGCCGACGUCGCCUUUCCCAACAAUUGCGCUGCACCUACAUCACCUGCCGUUACUUACAAGGCGUCGUCCAAUAUUAUAUCAUCAACAGAGACUGUCCAAGAUAUUCCGUCGACCCAGAAUCUUACCGGGACCGCCCGCAUUUUUGGUGCCUACAAUAUCGGUGAUGAUGAUAACUAUGAUGAUUGAAACUGCCGUAUCCAUUAUCCUAGCUACCUCGGUUAUGCUGCCAACCUUUCAUUCACCGAUUUCAUAGUGGAUUAAAGUUCGUACUACUCACUUUUCCCAGCUGCACUCCCCGCACCAUUUGUACACUUUUUUGUCGAAACUUCCAUCCAACAAACUUGUUUGACUAAUCAGAAGGUUGUGUACGUGUGCACCUUUUCAGUAUUUCUUAAUGUUUGCACAUUUUUCUCCUAACGCAGGAUGCAUCAAGUUAAAUUACACUAAGGAUGAACAUGAG